AUGGGUUUUCACAUAAUAGUUCCAUUUUGGAAAAAUAGUCUGGGAAAGAACGAACCGAAUCAACAUGCUGUUAUUGCGUAUGCAGGACAGGAAUGGACGAUCAGAGCGCGAGUCACGAAACCUGGAUCGGUAUUUCUUUCGAAAAAAGCGUUAGAAUUAAGUUCAACUACUGCUGAAAAACAUAUAAGGAAUGCGCAUUUUAUCGUCGAAAAAUUAUUGUAUUACAAUAUUGAACGGUUGAAACAUAGUGUUGCAAGCUAUACUGGCGGUGGCUUAUGCCUCUGGUAUGAUCUUCAAUGCCAGAAAGGUCUGAAGUAUCAACUGAAGGGUCAGACAAAGUUUAUCCACGGGCAGGAUGGACUCGCUAGCCUUCGAGCAACUAUUCUAGGAGGACAACUCCAACUCCAGACAGGGGCAGAUGGAGCUUGUUUAGCCCUUUAA